AUGGCGGAGGGAGAUGAUUACACAAUGUCGAGUUUGUCAACAAUGUCGGAAACGGAUUCACGGCCACGAACUGCACGACAGGAUUCGGAAAACGAAGCUUUUACAUUUCAUAAUAUUGGCGAUUUAAUGGCAGAUAGAAGUGACAAUGACGAUUCGAUAUCCAUAAAUUCACAAGCUUUCGAGCGGAAUAAUCAAACGGAUUCUUACGACCAUCGGAAUUUACCUACUCUGUCCCCUCCCAUUGAUAGCAGCGUACUUUAUGCACAUAGCGACAACGGAGAUAAUCGAAGUGAAGGUCUGCUGAGUGCCGUGGAUGCAAAGGCAAUGGAACAACACUUGGAUAAUGUCGAAUCAAGUUUCCUCCCGAGUGUUUCACCAAUUGGUCAACAUGGCAAGGCUGGUGCCGAUGAUACAUAUUUAUUUGAUGCGGGUCGGAAUGGUGAAGAGUCCCCCGCAAUGGAAGCACAAACUCCUAAGAGAAAGACAUUUGGAAGUAAUGAAAAUGGGGGCCAUGGUUCUCCGACACCCUCUUCACCUCCCACACCGGAUGGAGCAUACAAAACUCCAGGCCCUGCCCCUCGAUACUCUGUGCAAGGAGAGCACGAUGAUUCGGAACAAAUUGGAAACACGACUUCUAACCUCGAAAAUCUUUCGUCGUCCCCAACAGCCGCUGCCGCUGCAAGAACCAUAUCUCGAGCAAUGUCAAUGGCAAGCGUGGGAGAGAAUUCCGAAACAGCAGCACAAUCUACCUCUCAAUCACAGCAACAAUCAGAUGAGGAAGAGGACAUGGAAGCCACACCCACAAGAUCGCGCCAAAAUUUACGUGCAUUUGUCCAAUCGGUGAAUGAUAGCUCAAGCCUACCCCAUGAUUCACCGGCUAGGAGUACAAACAAACAUUUAACGGUCGAUGCCGGUACGACCCCAGGGGGCGCACUUUCAACACGCAACACGUCUAGACCUAAAUUUCUCACCAGUCGACAUUCAAGUCAACGAUCUUCUGUGUCUUCUUUUAUAACAAAUUCUGAGAAUCAAGACGAUCGAAGCGAUGUAACAGUUGGUGCAGAUUAUGCUUUGCAAUCCGGAGGCGCAUUUCCUUCCGGGGGGUUAUCUAGAAGUGGAAGUAUGACUUUAUCUAGGACCAUAAGUUUGGGAAGUAUGGCCUCUGGUAUUGACGAAGGCGGCGAUUCAUUUGGAAGAGUGGAUGGACCAUUGGCGACACUGGCUGAAGAGGACUCAACUCGUGGGAGGAGUGAAAACCAGACAAAUUCUGCUCCAGAAACACCUCGUGCGUCUAGUCGACCCAUGGAUCCACCCACUGAUACAAUUAUUGCACGACACGUUCGCAAUGUUCAAGUACCCGAAUCAAUGGCUAAAGACUUUCGUACGAAGCAUGGCGUACAUACACCCAGCAAGUCGGCAAGCUUUGCAGCAUCUGCUCUUGGCCAAAGAACUGGUAAGAAUCUGACCUUGAAGGAACAGAGCAGCACGAUCGAAAGAUUAUCCAAGGAGAACUUUGACUUAAAAUUGAAAGUCAUGUUUCUCAGUGAUCGAUUAGACAAGCUUUCUGAGGAAGGUGUUAAGGAAAUGAUAUCCGAAAAUGUUGAGCUCAAGACAGGUCUAGCCGUCAUGCAAAGAGAUAAUAAAGCUCUUCGUAAAAAGGUAAAAGACCUUGAGAAACAACUCAAAGAUGACGAAGACCGGCCAUCUACAGCUCGAUCAGGUACAUCUACAGAAGGAAGUCAGAAGUGGUAUCAAGAAGGCGCUUUUGAACGGGAGGAGGAGCUGCUUUACUUACGAGAGAAGGUUGAAGAAUAUGUGACGGAAAUUGAGAGGUUAAGGAAUGAAAGUCUUGCUCGAGAAAACGAGAAGAGAAAUCUUACAGAUUUGGUUCGUACAAUGGGUGAAAGGCGAGGUCAAGAUAUCGAAACACGGGAAGAAAUGGAUGUCUGGAAAGAUCUCCUUGAGCAAGAAACUGCCCGCAGAGAGCAAAGCGAUGAUGAGAUAAAAGCUCUUCGGGAAGAGAUCUUCCGACUAAAAUCAGAGACGGCCACCGGAGGACAAGGAUUGAGUCACACGACCAAUAUUUACAACAUCUCAAAGAGACGUGUCGGAUCACCUUCGAGAUCGAAUUCCAACAUGUCUGAUCGCAUGACAGAUGAUAGGAAUGGUACAUAUAGCUCAGCAAGCACGUUAGCCGAGGAAAUCAAACGGGAUAAUGAACAACUUCGACAUGAAAAUGCAGAGCUAAGACGAGAAGUUGGAGCACAGACAUCAAUGCUGACUUCAAGAAACCGCGAAAAAGAACGGCUUUAUCAAGAAAUCGAGGAGUUAAAGCUUGGCCUAAGAAGAGGUGGUACAUCGGUGGCCGGCGAGAGCAUAUUUGAACGAUCAGCAUCACGGGCACACGAACGAUCAUCCUCCAGGACUAGUGCGGGUACAAGACAGACUAGUAUGAAUGAGGCUGAACGGGAAGAUUUCGAAAAUAAGCAAGCCGAACUUCGAGACAGAAUCAAUAGUCUUAAGAUACACAAUCAGGACUUACAACGUGAACUCGAGUCUUGUAUGGAGGAUUUUGAGACUGCUGUUGAGCACAAGAAAGAAGCCGAAGGUCUAGCUCAAGAAUUACAAGAAGCCUUGGAUGUUGCCGAGAAUGAUCUACUCACUAUGCAAGCAGACCGAGAUGAAGCACUUCAAGGUCAAGAGGAAGCCGAACUGAUGUUCGAAUCCUUACGUAAAGAAGCUCAAGAGGAGCUUGAUGGUUUUGCUGCAGAACAAGAAGAAGCCAACGCCGAGAUUGAACGUCUUUCGGCUGAAGUCGCUGAUGAGAAAGAGAAUUUCAAUGCAUUGCAGAAUGAAAUGAGAGAGAUGAGUGAUAUAGUUGUUAGGUUGGAAGAUGAUCAUGAAAGAAAAUCUAAAAAGAUUCAAGAUCUUGAAAGAGAACUGGAUGAAGCCAAUAGAGAACUUGAGGAAAUCGAGAAGAAUUAUGUCGAAUCCAACGAAAAGGUCAAUCGAUUGAAUGUGCAGCAAGAAUCGAGUCAAAAUGAAAUUGCAUUUCUUCGAGAAGAACAAGAUGGAGAUAAGAUCAAGAUUGGGGAUCUUGAGGCCGCUAUUCGGAACUUGGAGAAUGCUCUUCAUGAAGAGCAAGAACGUUCUAGAGAACUUGAUGAACGUCUUCAUGAGGAAAGACAUCAAAGAGAAAUUGUUGCUAGUCAAGAGAAGCAAGAAGUCCAGCAAUUCGUCAAUGAUCUGAAUCGUGAAGCAACGACCGCCAAGGAUGAAGCUAGAAGACUACGAAAGAAUCUUACUUCAAGAGAAGUGGAGGCUGCAGAGUGGAAACAGAGGCUUAUGGAACUUGAGAGUAAUCUCAGGGAAGCUCUUGGUGACUUGAAUGGUACCAGGUCAAGUCUAUUGAAUUCUAUCGCAAAACUCCAACGUGAACUCGAAAAUACCAUUCGAGAUCUAGACUCCACCAAAGCUUCUCUAGCCGAAAAGGAACGUAUGAUCAAACAACGUGAUGACCUCUUGGAGUCUCACGCUCUUGAAUCUCGCAAAUUAGCAGAUAUGCUAGACAAAGAACGACAAACCCAUCGUCUCACCAAAAAUCAAUACGAAACAUCUCAAAAAACAUCCUCUCACACAACUCGCACUCUCUCACAACAAGAAUCACGUGUUCUAGAACUCGAAACUUCACGUCAACAAGAUAGGAGAAAGAUGGCACAACUAGAAAACAAUUUCAAAGAACAACUAACAGAAAGAAAUAACUUACUCCUAGGUUUAUGGGGUAGACUUUCAAGUCUUUGUGGGACAGAUUGGUCUCAUAAUAAUUCCCUCAUUAAUGGUCGUGCACUUCCAUCUCUCGAGGCUGUUUCUACUAUGUUCCCAGGUUUCUCCAAGAACUUGUUGGCGGCAGUCAAAACAAUCGAAACAUUAGUCGGUGAUUUUAGGGGAAGAGUCAAAGAUCUAGAUAGGAGAUUGUGGAAGGAAUACUCGACCCUUGAAAAUCGAUUUGAGAUGCAGACGAAGAAAUUGGAUAGAUUGGAAACGAUGGCAAGGAGUGCAGUGCCAUUUAGUAGUAUGGAUAGUAGGGCGGAAGUGGUCAAAUUGAAGGAUUUGAAUAGGUCUUUGAAAACGGAAAUUUCGAGUCUAAAGGCUGCCAAUGAAGUCAGAUCUGGCGCUUACGAAACUUCUACUUCGCCAUCACCAUCUAUCCCCACUGGACCUCGUCGUCGCAUCGAUAACUCUCUAUCCAGAUCCUCGACCAUGACACGUCACUCAUCUGCUUCAAAUUCUCGAUCUCAAUCUCAAGCAAAUGGAGAGAUGAACACACCAACGCGGUCAAACACCUUGACGCGAGCUGAAAGUAGUACGGGUGAACCAAGAGAAGACGAAUAUAAACCCGAUUUACGCUGGCAAGUUAGAUUACAGGAAUUGGAGUAUAAGUUGAAGGCGGAAAGAGAAGCGAGGAAAUUGGAUCGUACGAGUGCAGCGCAGAGAUUGAGGGAGAAGGAUAGGGAGAAUAAGGAAUUGCAGGAGGAGAUGGAGAGGGGAAGGGUUAGAGGGGAUAGGGGAAAGUGA